UCCCAUUUUGCCCGUGAUUGAUGCUGCCCUUGAAUUUCGCCAACGAGAAAAGACGGCCAUAUGUCAAUUUCCGUUCCCGCGAUUACGUACCUAAGAUAUCUGAAUAUCCUUUCCAGGAAAUUCGAAGAAGACUUUUUAGCACAACACGCUAAGAAAUACAUAGACGCGCCCAUCCAAGUGUGUGUUCCCAAAGGCCCGGAUUCGGGCUCACGCUAAAUCAUAGCCACCAGACGGAAUCCGAAUUUCAAACAGCUAUCUCAUCGAUCUAUAGCUCAUUGCGAAAGUCCACAUAUUGACCUCGGGAGCUAUUGUUUUGCCUUAACGGUACCCACCAUGAUUUUCGAGGCCAUAGUCCUUCUUGUGGCGACUGCCCUUAUCGCUAUCAUCAUCGAUGAGCAGACUGAGCCAAAGGCUAGUUUGCCAAGAGUCGGUUCAGAUCCGGGACCCUUCAAUCUUCUGAAGUGGUGGGCUCGAUGGAAAUGGCUCCAACACGGACAUGAAAACGUCGUGCGAGAGUAUCAAAAGUCCCCCUUCCAAAAUUAUUGCACUCAGACAUUAAUGGGUGACACCAUCGUCCUCGGCCGGGAAUUCGUAAAUGAGUUCAACAUGCUCCCUGAAUCGAAACUGAACUCGACCGCCGCUUUGGUAGACAGCGUUUUGGGUCAAUACACUGGGGUAGAUCAUCUAUUGAAGGACCAUUUGACUACAGAUAUUUGCAGAGGACCUUUCACAAGACAUCUAGCGAACUUUAUUCCUGUCAUGGCUGAAGAACUUGAAGCUGCCAUGGCGGAAAAGCUUGAAUUUGACGACUCAAAAGUGUUUGACGCCUAUGAUCUACUACUCGACUUCAUACAUCGGAUCACGUCCAUCGUAUUUGUGGGCAAAGCGCACGGCCGGAACCCGAUAUGGAACCAUGCUGUCACAAUAUUGCCAAUUGACGUCGAAAUAACGAAAUUCAUCUUGCUGCCAUUCCCAAAAUUUCUUCGUCGCUUCAUUGCACCGCUGAUUCCACAGAGAAACCGAGUCUUUCGUCAGCGUAUUGCAGUACGCAAUAUGCUCUUUCCCUCGUCCCAAGAGAUGGUGUCUAGUGAGGAGCCAAGCGUUAUGAAACUGCUUGUCGAGAGCGGGAAGGACAAGAGCCCCGACAGUAUAACUGCGAGACUCAUGAUCUUGACUGGGGCUGCGCUUCACACCUCGUCCAUGGCGAUAGCUCAUGUGGUAUAUGACCUCUGCGCAAUGCCGGAAUACAUAGAACCUUUGCGCCUCGAAGCAAAGGCCGCUCUCGAUCAAGACAGUGGAGAGUGGAAGAUGUCGACUAUCAAGAGACUUCAUCAGCUAGACAGCUUUUUGAAGGAAUCUCAGCGCAUGAAUCAUACCUCGUUUCUUGGAUUUAACCGCAAAGUCAUGUCACCGAUCACGCUGUCGGACGGCACAACCCUACCACGUGGGGCUGAGAUCGCUGCCCCUGGAGGACCAAUGUCUCACGAUCCGGAGUUCUACGACGAGCCCGAGAGAUUUGAUGGUUUACGUUUCUACCGUUCGAGAGACAAUGAAGACACAUUUUCAUCGGGUAUACACGAUUACACCGGGAUCGAGCCCGGGAAUUUGUCGUGGGGAAACGGGAGAUUCACCUGCCCCGGGAGAUGGUACGCAGCCGUUAUGAUCAAGCUGAUUGUAGCGAGGCUACUCCUGGAUUAUGAUCUCUCAUUCCCUCCUGGCCAAAAAGAGCGGCCGCGCAACGGGAAGUACGAUACGGAUGUUCAUCCAAGUUUUGAGCAGAAGAUUGUUCUAAAGAAGAGGGGAGCAGUAUGAGAGGUCUUAUUGUAGCACUCAAGCACAGGGGAUGAAAGGUAUCCAACAUCUUUUAG